GCUACCCUUUUGUAAUGUCUGACGCGAGUGAAUCUUCAUUCGAUUACAACAGCGAUCUUUUGUCUAUCAGUUCUAUUGAUACUAACUAUGAUUUAUCAAGCUGCGACGAUUUAUCUUCGGCAGAUGGAUCAGAAAGUGAAUACCCAGAAGAGGCUGCAGACGACGUAGAGGUACCUUGGGUCAAAGAAGGUAUACCGCGCCCUAACUUUCCCUUCACUUCAGAUCCUGCUCGGAUAAUAUUUUGGAGAUAUUUGAGUUAUUCAUGGAUCAGCAUUUGACAAACCUUG